AUGGCUCGCCUUGAGGCAUGUAUCCUGGUCACUGGACUGCUUACAUGCGUGUCUGGUCUCAUGGAGUUUAUUAACCCGCCGCCCUUUGGGACUGUUGGCGACAUGAGCAAUAGCCCCAAGUAUACGGUCGGUGAUCUAGUCAACGUUGUCUGGACUCCAGGCGAAGAAGGAGGUGCUGUUUCGUUAUGUCUUUACCAGCAGAAUGAAACAGAUGGAAUGUGGUUUGGAGACAUGGAGUAUCUCACCCAGAACGCCUUAGACAUCACGAAAUACAACUGGCUUGUCGGAACGAGGAAGAAUCUUACACUGUCAAGAUUGUUCUAUCUCAGUGUCUUCCAAGAAGGAAAGGGCCCAUCGGACUCAAACAGCCACUACUUCUACAUCGAGUCGAACCAGGUUGAAGAAGCUACCCCAUCAUCGUCUUCAGUGAGCUCCUCCACAACAACAUCGAGUGAAGCGUCCACUGCAGCAGCGACCACAACACCAACAGGCUCCAAGACACCAAGUGCCGAAACAAGUGCACCGUCAGUGAGCAACCCAGCCAGCAUUGGCACGAACGCGCCAGACCUUUCCAACCAGGAGAAUCCUUCAGACGGCUUCCCCCUCGGUGCCAAAAUCGGACUCGGCGUAGGGAUCCCAGUCGCCCUCAUUAUUGGGCUCGUAGUAGGUUGGCUACUAUUCCGCCGACAGAAAAAGCGAAAUGCCCGAAUUCACGAACUCCCCGCUAUCCAGACUGAACAGUACAAAUAUCAUAACAACGGUUACGGUGGUCAUUACGGUGCGAACAUGUACGAAGCGCCGCCUAAGUCACCAGUAGAGGUGGGGCGGCAGACACCUGCGCAAGGCUUCAACACAUGGGAAGGCCCACCCCAGGAAAAACCCGUGGAUUCGGCUACACCUGCCAUGGUGCGGUACGAGAUGUGA